CCUCCUCGCCGCCCCGCGCCUCCCCUCCGGACCCAACCUCCGUCCUCCUCCCGACCUCCACCGCCACCGACCCUCCUCCGGAGCCCCUCCGCUGGACCGUGGUGACUCCGCGGGGUCCGGGGCUGGUUCCUCCCCCCGGCCCCCUCCCCAAUUUCUCCCGCAAACCCUUGGGCUGCCCCUCGCCCUUCGGCAAGCCCCGCCGCGCGCCGCCCUCCGCCGAGCGCCCGGCCUUCGCCUGCCUCCACUGCGGCAAGACCUUCGCCGUCGCCUCCAACCUCUGCCGCCACCAACGCGCCCACGGCGCCGAGACCCCCGGCGCCGAAAACGGGGCGUCUCCGGCACGCCGGGGGUCGCCGGGGCGCCGGGGGUCACCGGGGCGCCGGGGUUCGCCGGGGCGCCGGGGGUCACCGGGGCGCCGGGGUUCGCCGUCGCGCCGGGGUUCGCCGCAGCGGUGCGAGGAGUGCGGCGAAGCCUUCGUCGGCGACGCCGAGCUGGCGGCCCACCGGCGGCUUCACGGCGCCGGGCGCUCGCCCUUCGAGUGCUCGCACUGCGGGAAGGGAUUUUCCUGGAGCUCCCACCUGGCCCGGCACCGCCGCGUGCACACCGGCGAGAAGCCCUACCAGUGCCCCGAGUGCGGCAAGCGCUUCGGCCGCAGCUCCCACCUCUACCGGCACCAACGCGGCCACGCCGGCGGCCGCUCCUACAUCUGCACCUACUGCGGGCGCAGCUUCGGCAGCACCCUCCACUUCGAGCGGCACCAGCGCACCCACCGCGGCCGGCGGCCCUACAAGUGCACCCUGUGCCGCAAGAGCUUCGGCGACGGCCCGGCGCUGGUCAAGCACCAGCGGCUGCACCUCGGCGAGGGGCCCUACCGCUGCGAGGACUGCGGCAAAGCCUUCGGCGCCCGCGCCCAGUACGCCCGGCACCGGCGCAGCCUGCACGGCGGCGAGCAGCCCUACCGCUGCGGCGACUGCGGCAAGAGCUUCUCGUGGAGCUCGCACUGGGAGCGCCACCGCCGCAUCCACACCGGCGAGCGGCCCUACGCCUGCGGCGACUGCGGCAAGCGCUUCAGCCGCACCUCGCACCUCUACCGGCACCAGCGCACCCACGCCGGCGGGCAGCCCCACGUCUGCGGCCACUGCGGAAAGAGCUUCAACAGCACCCUGCACUUCCACAAGCACCAGCGCGCGCACGCCGCCGGCACCGGGGCUGCCGGCACCGGGGCCGGGACCGUUACUGGUGGUGCUGGUGGUGUUACUGGUGUUACUGGUGCUGCUGGUGGUGUUACUGGUGUUACUGGUGGUGCCGCGCGGCGCCGGCGGCGGGGGGAGGAGAAGGGCCCGGGGGAGCCGCCGCCGGAUCCGGCCCCUUAACGAUGGGGGGGGGGUGGCGGAUCCCCGAAAAACCGGAUCCCCGAAAAAACAGAUCCCCUGAAAACGGAUCCCCUAAAAACCAGGAGCCCUAAAAUCCAGAUCCCCUAGGAAGUGGAUCCCCUAAAGACCAGGUACCCUACAGAGCCGAUCCCGCAGGGACCGGAUCCCGUGUAUGUCCGCCCCCCCCGUCUGUAUUGGAUCCCCUAUAUGUCAGAUCCUGUCUGUGUUGGACCAGAUCCUCUAUGUUUCGGAUCCCCCACGCACUGGAUCCCCUCUAUAAUGGAUCCCCGAUGUAGCGCACUCCGUAUAUAGUGGCUCCUGUGUGUACAGGAUCCCAGUAAACCGGAUUCCCUAUAAACCAGAUCCCAUAUAUAUCGGAUCCCCCAUACCCUGGAUCCCAUCUAAACUGGAUUCCCCGUAAACCAGAUCCCCUAUAGACCAGAUCCCCUAUAGACCAGGUUCCCAUGUAUACCGGAUCUCCUAUAUACGGGAUCCCCUAGAAACCAGGUUCCCAAUGGACCGGAUUCCCGUGUGUACUGGAUCUCCUAUAUCCUGGAUCCCC